AGUGGCUUGAUUCCCUUUACCCCAAUAUCUAUUUUGCCUUUUCCGGCCUAGUCGACCGGUCUUGAGCGUAUGGCGCAGUAGUUGAGUCCUCUUCGGCAGGAAGACGUUUCAAUAUCACGACGGAAAGACGGGAAAGUUUCCCGUCGAAGCUUCGAGCAAUGUUGGGCCGUAAUGAAUUAUACAUGCAACAGACCGUCCCUAGAGGUCUGGCUCUGAUGAAGAUGCGGGGCAACACGGUGCAGAGGCCCUUUAGCUACGCCGCCCGCUUGCUGGGACACGCUGCCAUGCUGCAGCAGGUUGCACUCACGGUAGCAACGGCGGUGGAAGAGGGUGCAUCGCGGCGCUUGGAACAGCGCACAUCUUUUAUGCGAGCUUCGCACGGUCUACAAGAGCGGGAGAGCGGUGGUGCGCUGACUUGUAUAGUUGUGAUCUUUCUCGUUCUCGUGGCGGCCGGGAUUGGGCUGUACUUCGCUUUUGCGCGACGGCCCGCAGAAAUGGACGACGAGCACGUACCGAUUCUCCAGUCCGAGAACCGUGGAGCGGCCGCGUAUCACUUCAUUUUUCUUCUUCUGCUUAGCAAGGUUUCGGUGUUGCUUUGCUACGAACACUUUGUAAGGUUUUUAAAGAAGUUUGGUCGUCGUGGACGUCGCCUUGUGCGACACUAUUGCAUUGCGUCAGAACAUCACAUUCACAGGGGCUUUGUUGUCUAAGAUGUUUCAUCGUCCUUUGCGCUGCUGUCUCGCCACAUUAAUUUUGAUGAACACGACUUCAGGUUACGUCCGGACGACAAGACGCGCGAGUAUGCGCGGGAGGCGCACCGGCUACAGCGGCAGGCUAGUCGGAUGAACAGAACGCCACAAACGGACGCGAUGCUGCAGGGUGUUUUCGCGGAAACGAAGGGCGAUUUUCAGCACAUGCAUGUGAAGGCGGCGCGGCCCCUUAAAAAAGGACAAAUGGAGACAGUGGACCCAGCACAGGUGCCUAUGGUGAACCUGAUGAAUCGGUUUCCGAGCCAGCAGCAGCAGCAGUUGCACCCACGCUCGACCGCGGGGAUGCCAGAUGCGACCGCGGAACCCUACGAUCCGGCACAGGCGGACGCGAUUGACGGGCAGCUCAUUGCCGCUGCGCCUGGAGGCGUGGACGACCUCCAGGGGGAUCAAGCGCCGGGCGUCAGUGGCAUUCAUGCGGCCGACCAAGACGCGAUAGACCGUGUCGCGGCGGCGCUCGAGAGAAAGUUCUCCAUGCCCUUGGACAAACAGAACGUGGAAGUGAUGCAGGGAGCCGUAGAUGCGGACCUGCCGUCACAAAUUCGGAAUUCAGACGACCUGGACGUAUUUUUUUACCAACUUUUUUUUGCAUCCUUGUUACAUCAGGCAAUCUUUUCUUCUAACGCACGAGUUGCUCUUACUCUGUGGCGUGUAGUUGUGUGGGAAUUACAAGCAGUAAUACUUAUCUCAAAGAUGAAUCACUGCAAAAAUAACAGAACUGGGGAGCGGCGGAAGCUCCGGCAAGCCAUGUGGAGGUCGAAGUGCCGGCAAGCGUCGCAGAUGAAUUGGCGGCUCAGGCGCCGGAAUCCUUUGCAGCACCGGCACCGACCGUGGCAGACAUUGCCGUGCGCGCAUCACGGGCGUCGCUCGGACAAGUGACUCCCCUGAGUGUGGCCGAACUAAAGGCGCUGCACCAAGCACCUAAAGCAGCCACGGGAAGCGCACCGCGAGAAAGCGAGGGGUUGCAAUCGAUCGCGGGGGGACACGUCUCCUCGGCAAAAGACGCUUUUCAUGCGGCAAAAGGUGCAACGGCGGCUACCGAGCAGCGUGAAAGCGAGGGACUUCAAGCGAUCGCCGGCGGGCACGUGACCUCGGCAAAAGACGCUUUUCAUGCGGCGAAAGGGGCACCAGCGGCGACCGGGCAGCGCGAAAGCGAGGGACUCCAAGCGAUCGCCGGCGGGCACGUGACCUCCGCGAUGAGCAGCAUCAAGAGCAACCCCGGAGCAGCUCCUUCCGGCGUAAGUGCCCAUGCCGAGGAAGUGGCAAACACGAUCUCUGGCGGGCACGUGUCCUCUGCGAAAGACACUCUGCACAAGAAGAAGCUUGCAUCCCAGAAAUCCGGCGUCGUGACGCCGCACAGGGAGGAGGUCGCGAACACGAUUGCAGGCGGGCACGUGGCCAGCGCCAUGGGGCAGCUUCAGGAACAGCAGGGGCAACAGAAGGCGGUGGAUCGGGUAAACGCGUCGCUGAACCACAUCCCGGGGGGCGUCGUAUCGCAGACCGCGGGGCAGCUCACGUCGCAGCAGAUGACACCGGCGCAGGAGCGGGCGACGAAGGCAUCACUGAAGGAGCUGCAUCAGACCGGAGCGGUCCAGGCUGCGCAGAGCCAGCUGCAGUCUCAGCCCGUCGCGCAGAGUCCGCUGGAGAUGUCGAAGGCCAGCGCGACUUUGCAGCAGCUGCAGGCGCAGAACCUGGUGGGGGGCGUCUUCCGCUCAAACUCCAAUCUCGGGGACGACGGGAAGGCCACGAAGUCAGCGAAAAAAUCGAAAAAAGAGAAAAAGUAAACGGGCCCGGACUACACCAGUUGUUGGGUUCUUCACCUAAAUCAGGUGUGCGCUGACCGUAGUAAGUAAGUAUUUCCUCGUACUUAUUUUAACAACAUCAUGCAUAAUUUUCUCUACAUCUACUUCACGUAAAUUUAUCUUUUCCAAUUUUUCUCGUUUACUCCUUUUGAUCCCCAUACGUAAUUUCCACGAAGUAAUUAUCGAUAGAGUUGUGUCACCCGGUCCUCUCGUAGCUAGUUGUUGCUUCUUUUACGAUUUAUAUAUAAUGGUAGAAGAGGCAGAGCGAACGCGGUUGGUUGCCAAACAACUCCACCGAUUAGCUCCCAUUCCGAACCCAAUACAAUUCAUUUGAAGUGCAUGUAUACUCAUAAUCCCAAUCCCGCCUAUUGUUUCACAACACAUAUCCCUCUUUCCUACGAGCUCGCUCGUAUACUCAUGCACAAAUCAAACUCCUCAUUCACCCAUGACCCAGACCCGCACAUAAAUCUAGCAGCGUUGUAGUCGGAGAAGAGGCGCUCUGGAGACCACGGGUGUCCGCUGAAGUGUGUCCUGCAGGGUAGGGCUGCUACUGCUUCACAAGUCAGUGCGAGUCCGAUGCAUAAACAGAACCGAAUCCCGUUUAUUGUUGGAACGAAUUUGAGUCUGAACAAAAA